GGCGGACCAUUACAACCUGGUGUUGGAGGUGUUGGAGUUGGUGUUGGUGGUGGAGGCCAACAACAAAUAACACAAAGUAUGUCAACAGGAAAUAACACAGUUGGUGGCCAACAUUGUCAACAAUUGAGUGGUUCAUCACCAUUAGUAAUGCCUGGUUUUCCACUUAGAACAUCACAUUCAGCUCACACACCACAUUAUUCACCUUAUUCACCCUCCAGGUUUCACAUAGACAAAAGAUGUCAGCACAGAUGUUCCUGGAAAUGUUUAAGUAUUGCCUUAAUACUAGUAGCAGUCGUCCUAACGGCUAUGUUGGCCUAUUUUGCAACUAUUAGCUCUAUGAAACCAAAUUUGGAUUCAUCAAAUUGUAUCCUAGUCCAAGAUGUUAAAUCAAUACCACAUGAUCAACAACAACAAUUAUCUGGUGUUGGUGGAUCAACAAUAUUACCAACAGAAGAUUCAACACAAACAAGUAGCAGUACAUCAGAUCAAAGUAGUAGUAGUACAUUUACUACUGGUAUUGGUAAUGGUCCUGGUGGUAUUUCUGUUGGUGGCGUUAGUGGUGGUUAUGGUUAUUUAGGUGGUAAUACUGGUAAUUCGAUUAAUUCAAAUAAUAUAAAUAGUCAUCAAAAUUUAAAUGGUAUACAAAAUAUAUUACCACAACAACAACAACAGCAACAACAACAAUUACAACAACAUAUUAUAUCUGCAAAUGGUAAUAGUUUACAAAAUUUAAAUCAACAAAAUGGUGUUGGUGGUAAUCAAGCAUUAUUAUCACAACAUCAACCACAAUUAUUACAUCCACAAGAUCAAUCAUAUACAGCACAACAACAGCAAUUAAAAUGGCCACAACUUGUACAAUUAAAGGAUUUAAAUGAAAUGUAUCAUGCAACAAUCCCUCCAUAUCAAUUUUGGAAUUUAGAAUUUCGUAAUAAACAUCAAACUUUUAUACGAUUAAAUUUUACAUUACCAUGGGGUGCCAGUUUUGCUGUUUAUGGUCGACGUAAUGUUGCACCAAGUGUUACACAAUAUGAUUUUGUUGAAUUUAUUAAAGCUGGCCGUCUUGAUAGAAGCUUAAAACGUAAAAGAAGACGUAGCCGACGUAGUAUUAUUAUUAAUUCAGAUAAUGCACAUACUAUUAAUACCAAUGAUAAUGAUGAUAAUGAUAUUGAUAAUUUCAAUUAUAAUAGAAAUUAUAACAACAAUAAUGAUAAUAGAAAUAUAUUAAAUGAAGGAGCUGUCGGUGGACGAAGUUCAAUGCCUUUAAGUGAAUAUGAAGCAAAAUUUUUUGAUAUUUUAUCUGAUGAUUUAAAAACAUUAAGAAAUGAUAAUAAUAAUAAUAGAAAUAGAAAUAAGAAUAAAAAUUAUAAUGCAAAAUAUCAUUAUCAUACUAGCGAUAGUAACAGCAACAGUAACAGUAAUAAGAAAAAUAGAAAUUCCAGUGAACAUAUGUCACCGCCACCACCAUCACUAUAUAGACCAUCAUUUAUGGUUAAUCAAAAGAAUAAAAUUUCAGACAAAACAAUUUUCAAAUCAAAUUUGGAUGAUGAAAAUGAUAGCGAUGAUAUUACAACAACAUUUGAAGAUAUAAAUGAUGAUAUAUUGGACGAUGAUGAUGAUGACGAUGACGAUGAUAUUGAUGAAAGUGAUGAUGAUGAAAUUGAUAAUAUCAAUGAUGAAGAUGAUAUUGAUGAUUUUAAUUUACAUGAUAUUGAUGAUGAUAGCAAUGAUAGUGAAACAAAUAGCAAUGAAAAUAAUUUAAAUAGACGAAGACGAAAAAUGUCAGUGUCUUCGAAAAGAAAAAUGCAUAAAAUUACAAAAAGAUCAUCUGAUGGUUUAUCAGCAUUAGAUAUGGAUACAAUGAUGGUUAACGUAUCAUUAUUACAAUAUUUAGAUACAGGACUUUGGUUUUUAUCUGUAUAUAAUGAUGAAUUAGUUGCGCAUACAGUAACCUUACUGGUUGAGGAAGCUGAAGGUGUCAGUACAACAUGUCCAAAUGAUUGUUCUGGUCGCGGUAGUUGUUAUUUGGGAAAAUGUGAUUGUAUUGAUGGUUAUCAAGGAGCUGAUUGUUCAAAGAGUGUUUGCCCUGUUCUAUGUUCAGCUCAUGGUCAUUAUGGUGGCGGUAUAUGCCAUUGUGAAGAAGGUUGGAAAGGUGCUGAAUGUGAUAUACCAUCUGGUGAAUGUGAAGUACCAAGUUGUACAAAUCAUGGACGUUGUAUUGAAGGUGAAUGCCAUUGCGAACGUGGCUGGAAAGGUCCAUUCUGUGAUCAACGUGAUUGCAUAGAUCCAUCAUGUUCAGGUCAUGGUACAUGUGUUUCUGGACAAUGUUAUUGUAAAGCUGGGUGGCAAGGUGAAGAUUGUGGUACAAUUGAUCAACAAGUAUAUCAAUGUUUACCUGGUUGUUCUGAACAUGGUACAUAUGACUUAGAAACAGGACAAUGCGAUUGUGAACGUCAUUGGACUGGACCAGAUUGUUCUCAAGCUGUUUGCAGUCUUGAUUGUGGACCAAAUGGUGUUUGUGAAUCUGGUAAAUGUCGUUGUAAUCCUGGUUGGACUGGAAAUCUUUGUGAUCAAUUACCUUGUGAUAGUCGGUGUUCUGAACAUGGUCAAUGUAAAAAUGGUACUUGUGUCUGUUCACAAGGAUGGAAUGGAAGACAUUGUACUUUACCUGGAUGUGAAAAUGGUUGUUCAAGACAUGGACAAUGUACAUUAGAAGAAGGUGAAUAUCGUUGUGAUUGUAUUGAAGGUUGGGCUGGAUCUGAUUGCUCAAUACCAUUGGAAAUGAAUUGUAAAGAUAAUAUUGAUGAUGAUCAUGAUGGUAUGGCUGAUUGCUCUGAUAGUGAAUGUUGUGCACAUCCAUCAUGUUCCGAUCAUAUAAUGUGUUUAUCAUCAAAUGAUCCAGUUGAAGUAUUAUUAAGAAAACAACCACCAUCUGUAACAGCAUCAUUUUAUCAACGUGUUAAAUUUUUAAUUGAAGAAAAUUCUGUACAAUCGUAUGCUCAUGUUGAUGAAUAUACCGAAAAUCUUUUCUGGAACUCAUUCAUACCGGGUCGUGUUUCUGUGAUGCGUGGCCAAGUUAUAACACCACAAGGUUUAGGAAUUGUUGGUAUUCGAGUAUCAGUUGAUCGUGAAACAAGAUUUGGAUUUACAUUGACAAGACAAGGCGGAUGGUUUGAUGUUUUAGUUAAUGGUGGUGGUGCUGUAACAUUACAAUUUCAACGUUCACCAUUUAAACCACUUACUAGAACAGUUUUUGUACCAUGGAAUCGUAUUGUUGUUUUACCACCAGUACAAAUGCAAUUAAGUGAUGAAGAUGAAACUACAAAGAAACAAAUAAAGUUAGCAACACAGAAUCCAGCAUUAACAUUCCUUAAUACGAUACUAUACCAUUUCUCAGAUGAGAAAACUGAAUCCGGAAUUGUAUGCAUUGACCACGAUCACGAACAAUUAAAACCACAAUUGAUUAGUACAUGGAUGCCAAAUGGUGUUGGUGCAAUGCCAGGCAAAAGAGUUAUAUUUGCUGAAACACAGAUUGUUCAAGAAUCAAUACAAAUUCCUGGCUCCGGUUUACAUUUAACAUAUCAAUCAUCACAAGCCUCAGGUUAUUUAAGUAUUGUACGUAUGCGUUUAACUGGUGAAAAAAUACCAUCAACUUUAACACAUGUACAUGUUGGAGUUGAAAUUGAAGGUUCAUUACAUGUUAAAACAUAUGAAGCUGAUCCAAAUUUAAUACAUACAUUUGCAUGGAAUAAACGUAAUGUUUAUAGGCAAAAAGUAUAUGGUGUUACAAUUGCUAGAAUAUCUGUUGGUUAUCAACAUUCAACUUGUAAACAACCAGUAUGGAAUACACAAACAGCUAAAUUACAAGGAUAUGAUGUUGAUAUAUCAGAUAUUGGUGGUUGGGGUUUAGAUAUACAUCAUCAUUAUAAUUUCCAUGAGGGUAUAUUACAAAAAGGUGAUGGUAGUACAUUACAUAUGAAAGAAUAUCCAAGAACAGUUAAAGUUGUUAUGGGUACUGGUUUACAAAGACCAUUAAAUUGUCCAGAUCAUUGUAAUGGUAUUGCAAAAGAUGCAAGAUUAUUAACACCAAUUGCAUUAGCAUCUGGUCCAGAUGGUAGUUUAUAUGUUGGUGAUUUUAAUUUAGUACGUCGUAUAACACCAGAUGGAAAAGUUUUUACAAUAUUACAAUUAAGUGCAACACAAGUAUCAUAUCAAUAUUAUCUAGCUGUAUCACCAGCUGAUGGUAAUUUAUAUAUAUCUGAUCCAGAGAAACAUCAAAUAUUAAGAUUAUUAAAAUUGGAAAAAGUAAAAGAUCCAUUAAUAAAUAGUGAAUCAGUUGUUGGUAGCGGACAAAGAUGUAUUCCAGGUGAUGAAGGAAAUUGUGGAGAUGGAGGUCCAGCAAUGCAAGCAAGAUUAUCACAUCCAAAAGGUUUAGCAAUAGCAGCUGAUAAAACAAUGUAUAUUGCUGAUGGUACAAAUAUACGUGCUGUUGAUCCAAAAGGUAUUAUACAUACAUUAAUUGGACAUCAUGGUCAUCAUAAUCAUUGGAGUCCAGCACCAUGUAGUGGUACAUUAAUGGCAAAUCAAGCACAAUUACAAUGGCCAACUGGUUUAGCAUUGAGUCCAUUAGAUGGUUCUUUACAUUUCAUUGAUGAUAGACUGGUGUUACGUUUAACAUCUGAUAUGAAAAUAAGAGUUGUAGCUGGUACACCAUUACAUUGUAAUAAUGCUGGUGUUAAUACAAAUAAUGGAGGAACACAAACAAAUAAAAAUAAUUUAACAGAAAAUGUACUUGGAACUGUAUUAGCAAUGGCAUUUUCACCAUUCGGUGAUUUAUAUAUUGCCGAUAGCGAUGCAAGACGUAUAAAUUCAAUACGUGUUGUUGAUACGGCUGGUAAUAUGAGAUAUUUUGCUGGAAAACAAGAAAGUUCUGGGUCUCUUGCAUGCGAUUGUAAUCUAAAUCCUAAUACAAAUGGUACUUUUAAUGGUGGUGUAAGCAAUGGUGGUAGCUCAUCUAUUAAUGGUGGUAGUAAUAGUGGUACUGGAAUUUUAUCAUCAACAACACAAACACAUUAUGCAACAACAAUUAAUCCAACGAAUCAACGUAAUAUCGGAAGUUCAUCAUCAAAUUCAAAUAAUAAUGGUGGUAGCAAUGGUAAUGCACCAACAUCAUUAAAUUCAUUUGGCAAUAAUAAUGGAAUAAUGAGUUCAUCGGGCGCAUGCAUUUGUAAUGGUAAUAAUAUUGCUGGUACAGGAAAUAAUAUUGGUGGUAGUACAUUAUUAUCAACAAUUAAUGGUGGUAGCAGUGGUGGUAAUCCAACAAUGAGUUCAUCUAUAAGUAGUAAUAAUAAUGGCGGAAGUGGUAGUGGAAACAGUAAUAACAUGUUUAGUAAUUUCUUUAAUGAAGAUGGUACACAAAGUAAUGCUGAAACAUUAUUAUCAUCAAAUGCUAAAUUUCAAGCUAUAUCAGCAAUUGCUGUUGCACAAGAUGGUGUCAUUAAUGUUGCUGAUCAAGGAUCAUUACAUAUACUUGCAUUAGAACAUUAUUUACCAUCACAUGAUGAAAAUGGUGAAUUUCAUAUACCAUAUCCACCUACAAGUGAAAUUUAUGUAUUUAAUCGUUAUGGUCAACAUGUUACUACAAAAGAUUUAACAUCUGGUAAAACACGUUACUCAUUCCUAUAUUCAAAAAAUACCAGUUUUGGUCGUUUAUCAACUGUUACCGAUAGCUCUGGCAAUAAAAUUCAAUUUUUAAGAGAUUAUAGUAAUGUCGUUAGUAGUAUAGAAAAUACUCAAGAUCAUAAAUCUGAAAUAACAAUUAAUGGUAUUGGUAUAAUGACAAAAUUAAUAGAAAAAGGUAAAUUAGAAAUUGAAUUGGAUUACGAUAGUAAUACAGGACUAUUGAAUAGUCGAUCAACUGGCGGUGAAACUUAUAUUUAUCAAUAUGAUGAAUUUGGUCGUGUAACACGUAUGAUAUUACCAAGUGGUGAAAUUGUUAGAAUAACAUCAGAAUUAGCUGAUAAUAAAGGACUUUCAGUAUAUGUUCAUGCAUCAAUUCAAUCGUUAUUCUCAAGAGAACCGGCAGAAAAUUCAAAUGAAUUAUUAAUAUUGGGUGGAGUUCAUUCAACAAUAAUGAAAAAAGGUAGUCAAAAUGCUGAAGCUAUGAUUAAACCAAAUAAUACAUUAGUAAUAAGAGAUGCAAAUGGUGUUGUUGUUGAAUCUUCUGCUAUUGCACGUCAUCCACUAUUAGAAGCGGCUUUACCAGUAGAAGCUGAAAUGUUAGCAAUGUGGUCACAUCAAAGUAUCACAAUGGGUGAAGGAAUUACAAAUAAUAUGUAUUCAAUAUAUAAUUUAAUUGGUGAUGUUAGAAAUCCGCAACAAACAUUAAAUCGUGAAAUCUGGGUUAAUAGUUCAAGAGUUAUUGGCGUAGAAUUUGAUCAAUUUACGAGUCGCGAAACAUUUUAUGAUGUUAAUAGAACGCCACUUUUAAUAAUAGCUUAUGACCCAUCAGGGUUACCAAAAUCAUAUUAUCCAUCAAAUGGAUAUCCUGUUAACAUUACUUAUGAUCGAUUUAAUCGUAUCGAUGGAUGGAAAUGGGGUCCAGCAGAACUUAAGUACACUUAUGAUAGACAUGGCCUCUUAUCAGAAAUAACUAGUCAACAAGAUGGCAUUAUAUCAUAUGUUUAUAAUGAUUGGAAUCUUGUAUCAGAAAUAGGUGUCGCAAGUCAAAGAAAAUUUGUUCUUGGUUAUGAUGAUGCUGGUGGUUUACGUUUUGUUAAAUUACCUAGUGGAACAAAACAUAUAUUUAGUAUGCAAACUUCAAUCGGUUUCAUUAGAUACACAUAUACCCCGCCUGGUGGUUCUAGACCAUAUUUACAACAUUAUAGUCAUUCUGGGGCUUUGUUACAAAGUAUUUACCCAGGAGAUGGCGCUCGAAUUAUAUAUCGCUACAAUGCAGCUGGAAAAUUAACUGAAAUUGUUCAUGGUGAUGGAAAAAGUGAAUUUAUUUAUAAUGACGUAACAGGAAUGCCUAGUACAGUUUCACAUUCUGAACGAGAGCUUGAGUACAGAUGGGACUUUGAAUUUACUGCUGGCUUGUUAACAGAAGAACGAAUAGAUUUUAUUGCUAAGACUGGUUUGAGUAAUGCCAAAUUUACAUACGAUUAUGAUUCAAACUUCAGAGUAACUACAAUUCAAGGAAGAAUAGGAGGACAAAAUCUGCCAACACAAGUUUUUGCUUUUGAUCCAAGAACAGGGCAACCAAAUUUAAUUGGGCAGUUCAAGAUUUUACAUCCAAAAGUAAAUCAAACUCAAGUUUUAGAUGGAACAGCAACGUUUACGAGAACAAUCGACGGACGUUUUCUUGUUACGAAAGUGUCGUUAUCUAUUCACAGAGUUCCAGUAUUUAGAAUGGAAUUCUCAUAUGGAAUGCACGGUAGAAUAACACAAACAAAAACUUGGACAAGAAACAUGGCUGUUCAAACUUAUACAAAUGUUAAAAACUAUACAUGGGAUUGUGAUGGACAGUUAGUUGGUGUUGAAGCCCAAGAACCAUGGGGAUUCAGAUAUGAUGAUAAUGGUAAUUUGUUAUCACUAACCUACCGAGGCAAUACUAUUCCAAUGGAAUACAAUAACAUGGAUCGAAUUGUUAAAUUCGGUGAAGGACAAUACAAGUAUGAUUCACGUGGUUUGGUUGCACAAAAUGCUCGAGAAGAACGUUUCCAUUAUAACACUCAAGGUUUGCUUGUCAGAGCUAUUAAACGAGGAAGAUUUGAUGUAAAAUAUUCUUAUGAUCAUAUGAAACGUUUAACAACGCGGAAAGAUAAUUUUGGAAACGUAACACAGUUCUUCUACAAUAACCAGCAACGGCCACAUGAAGUCAGCCAAAUUUAUUCCCCACGCGAUGGCAAGUUAAUGUCACUGACAUACGACGAUUUUGGACAUUUAAUAUUUGUGCAAGUAUAUCGCAAAAAAUUCUAUGUUGCAACAGAUCAAAGUGGAACACCAAUAAUGAUUUUCAACCAGUAUGGCGAAGGUGAAAGGGAAAUCAUGAGAUCACCUUUUGGACAUAUAAUUUAUGACUCAAAUCCAUAUUUCUAUUUGCCAAUUGAUUUUUGUGGUGGAAUUUUAGAUCAAGUUACAACACUUGUUCAUUUUGCUGAUGGCCGAGUUUAUGAUCCAUUAAUUGGUCAAUGGAUGUCACCAAACUGGGAAGACGUUGCUGAGCGUGUAAUAACACCAACAAAAAUGCAUUUAUAUCGCUUCAAUGGAAAUGAUCCAAUUAAUAUUGAUCAUAAUAGAAAUUACCCAAGUGAUUUUACAGCUUGGAUGAAUAAAUUAGGAAUAAAUGUUAGAAACUUAGUACCACAAUUAUCUAGACCACUAUGGGAACAACCCUCAUUAUGGGGUCGUACGUUAAGGAAUCCGAUCGCUACUGAUUUGAAACGUUCAAUUGAUAAUAUUCCUACUAUGUCAGUUGAAUCUGGUUUCUUAGCUCAUUUAAAUAUACGUAGAAUGUCAGACUUUGAACAAUUAUCAGCUCCACCAAAAUCAUCACUUAAAUUUGAUGUUAUGAAUCCUAAGCCAUUAAAAAUUGGUUCGGAUUCUGAUCCACCAUUUGGUAAAGGUAUUGUUGUAUCAAGAACAUUUGAUGGACAAGCAAUUGUUUCUAGUGUACCAGCAGCAAAUGCUAUUUAUCGUGAUGUAUAUACAUCAGUAUUUAAUAGAUCAAAAUUAUUACCAUUUACGUUUGUUGUUCACAACGCUCAACAAGAUUCAUUCUUCUUUGUUAAAGAAGACGCAUGGCGAGCUAGUGAAGAUCGCCAACAAUUAAAACGUCUUCAAGGACAAGUUAAUACAACAUUCCAUGAAAUAACACGUGAAAAUGGCAGUGGUAAUAAUUUCUUAGAUGUUAAAAUACAUGGCCAACAUGCAAUUAUUAAUUUACGAUAUGGAACAACUGUUGAAAAAGAAAAACAACGUUUAAUGCAUCAUGCAAAACUUACAGCUGUACGUAAAGCAUGGCAUAGAGAAAAAGAAGCAUUACAUAAUGGUUUAACUACCAAUAAUGAUUGGACACAAUCAGAAAUUGAUGAAAUUUUAAAACAGGGAUAUGUCAAUUUAUAUGAGGGUGAAUAUGUUCACGAUGUUAGCCAAUAUCCAGAAUUAGCUGAAGAUCCAUUUAAUAUUAAAUUUACUAAAAAGAAAGCAAAUCCAAUACGUAAAAGAAAACGACGAGAUAUUAAUUCAAUAUCAUUUCAUCAAAAAUCAUUAAACAAAAAAAUAUCAAAUGAUUAUAUAGAAGAUGAAAAUGAUAAUGAAAAUAAUAUCUCAUCUCAUGAAACAAAUAAUCAAAGUAUAAAUCAAUAUAAUAAAAAUAAUAAAUUAUUAGGUGAUUUAAGUAAUUUAGAAAUAAAUUUUAAUAAAAAUAAUAAUAAAACAUUAGAAAGUGCGAUAAAUAAAAUGGAUUCGCAUCAUCAUGAGCCCUUAUCAUCGUAACUAUCAUCCCUUAAUUAAUUAUAUAUAUAAAUAAAAACUAAAAAAAAAAAAAUAAAACUAUUAAAAAACAAAUUUGAAAACAAAAAACAGAAAUAAGUUAUUAAAAAAUAAUGUAAUUAAUUUAUUUAUAAAAUAAGAAAUGAGAAGAAACAAAGAAAUUAAUGGAAAACAUAAAAAAAAAAAUAAAUGCUUAGGUGAUAAAAAUAUGCUUUGUUAGCUUAACAAAAUGAUUGAAUACACAAAAAAAAAAUGUUAAAAAAAAGUAUUAUUUAUAAAUAAUUCCGUUUUAUAAAAAAUAAUUUUCAUUAACUUAAAUGGAAUCAUAUAAAAUAGGAAUGACAUUGUAACAAAAUAUCAUGGCAAAAGUCUCCAAAAAUCCAAAUUUAUUUUCUAAUAUCAAAUUUGUAUUUAUUAAAAUAUAUUAAUUGUUUCAUAAAAUUAAUAAUAUUAAUAAUAAUUAAUUAAAAUAAUCCAAGGUGAAUAAUCCAUUAUUACAGUAUUAUGUGAAAUUUAACAAUAUUAGACUGAUUGACUUAUAUUUUCUUAGGCAUACCAUUUGAGGUGAUUGUAUUAUAUAUUCAAAAAUUUCCUAUAAAAUCAAUUCUAUUUGAAGCAACAUUUAAAUUUUAAUUACUUAAAAUAUUAAAAAUCUCGAUUUUCAACUUAUAUAAUAAAUUAUUCAUAAAAUUUCUUUCAAUUUCAUAUAAACUUAAGUAUAAUUCAAUUGAAAUUCAUAAAAAUCAGCUUCUUAUCUAUUAUAUUAAGAGACUAAAGCUAAUGAUAUUUUGAUGCAAUA